AUGGAUACCAAACCAAUUAAUCAACUGAAUGCUAAAUUAUUUGAAUAUGCAAGAGCGUUAGAUGCUACUCGUUGGAGUAUUAUAAGACAAGGUGCAAUAUUUGGAGUUUUUACCGGAUGGCUAUGUAUGAUAUCCUAUCUAGCUUAUUCAGUUGGUUUUGUCUUUGGUUCUCUUUUCAUGUCACAUAAACCUCAUCAUAGUUUGAGUAUUAGCGAUAUUCUUGUCGGAAACGACACAAGUGUUAAUGAACCAGAUGUAUGGAAAGAUGAUGCAGAAUCGAGUUCUAAUAUCAAUGGUGAUGUUGAAUUUGACAAUGUCGACUUUAUUUAUCCAUCUCGAAAAGAAGCGCCAGUUCUGCAUAAUCUAUCUCUUGUUGCUCGUGUUGGUCGGACAACUGCUCUUGUAGGUUCAAGUGGCUGUGGAAAAAGUACAUGUAUGUCGUUAUUUCUUCGUUACUAUGAACCUUCAUCAGGUAGAAUAACGAUUGAUGGUCGACCAAUAACAGACUACAAUGUCAAACAACUUCGAGAAAACAUUGGAAUUGUUAGCCAAGAACCUAUUUUGUUUAAUAUGAGUAUUUAUGAAAAUAUUCGUUUUGGUAAAGUAAAUGCAUCAAGAGAAGAAAUUGAACAAGCAGCACGAGAAGCAAAUGCACAUCAUUUCAUCAUGCAGUUACCAGAUAAAUAUGAAACAGUUGUUGGUGAAUGUGGUGUACAAUUGAGUGGUGGUGAAAAACAACGUAUUGCAUUAGCUCGCGCCCUUGUCAAAAAGCCUACAUUUCUUUUACUGGAUGAAGCAACAAGUGCACUUGAUAAUGUGAGCGAAAAAAUUGUUCAAGAAGCACUCGAUCGAGCAUGCAAUGGCCGUACAACUAUUGCCAUUGCUCAUCGUUUGGCUACAAUUAAAAAUGCUCAUCAAAUAUAUGUAUUAGAUAAAGGAAGUGUAAUUGAACAAGGUACACAUGAAACAUUGAUAUCUAAAGAAGGCGGUAAAUAUCAAGCAAUGCAAAUUACAAAACCAUUUAGACAAAGAUUUGUCUUUUUAAGACUUUUGUCAAUGAAUAGUCCUGAAUGGAUAACAAUCUCAAUUGGUUGUAUAGCAUGUGUACUUAAUGGAUCAGCUCAACCAUUGUUUGCAUUUUUACUUGUCAAAAUAAUUGAGGCAUUUAAAUAUUGUUCAGACUCUGAACGACGCCAUCAUGUUUUAAUUGCUAGUCUUCUAUUUUUACUUUUGGGUGGUGUUGUAUUUAUUUUUCGUUUCUUUCAGUAUACAGCAUUUGUCAUAUCAGGAUCAAAAUUAACACAACGUAUUCGCUCGAAAGCUUUUGCAUGUCUUCUUCGUCAAGAAGUGGCUUAUUUCGAUCGACCUGAAAAUAGUUCUGGUGCGAUUUGUACUCGUCUUUCUUCUGGUGCAUCAGCUAUUCAAGAGAUGACUGGUACACGAUUAGGAUUUCUUGAUGGCAUUAAUAUUCGAAAACUAAAUCCUCAAUGGGUUCGUUCUCAGUUUGGUCUUGUUAGUCAAGAACCAAUUUUGUUCGAUUUAACAAUUGCUGAAAAUAUAGCAUAUGGUUUAGAAAAUGUUCCAACAGAAGACAUUAUCAACGCAGCAAUUAGAGCUAAUGUUCAUCAAUUUAUUGAGCAAUUACCUCAGGGUUAUGAAACAAAAGUAGGGUUCAAAGGUAGCUUUCUGUCAGGUGGUGAAAAGCAACGUAUUGCUAUUGCUCGAAUUCUCCUUCGUCGACCUAAAGUCUUACUCUUAGAUGAAGCUACAAGUGCCAUGGAUUCACAAAAUGAACAAGUUGUACAAGAAGCUCUUGAACAAGCUCAAAGGGAAGAUCCUAAUCGAACGUCACUCAUAAUUGCUCAUCGUCUUUCAACUAUCCGCACAUGUGAUUUGAUUUGUGUACUUGAUAGAGGACAUAUAGUGGAAAGUGGCAAUCAUGUAGACUUGACACAACGACGUGGAGCUUAUUAUAAAAUGCUUGCUCGAGACAAAUUACAAUGA